AAUUAGUCUUUAGCUUAGGGCCUUUAUGCUUCUUCUCCCAUCAUUGGCUUCCUCUUUAUCUCUCUAAUCCCAAAAUCUUCUCUAGUUUUACUAGACAAAAACUAGAUCACUCUUGAUCUCUUGAUCUCUUUAUCUCCAUCCCCAUGAUGACUUCUCUAGAUUGUCACUCUUCAAGGAAUCCUCCUUUUCUUAUAGACCUCAAUGAAGAUCAAACCCACCAUGACAUGAUUUUCAGUUUGAAAUCACAAGCUUCUUCAUCAUCAUCAUCUUCUCUCUCAUGUCCUUCUCUCUCCAACCCAUCUCAAGAUCAUGGAGGAAAUUUUGUUCAACAAUCCCAGCAAUUACAAGAUCAAGAGGUAAUUCAGGCCAAAAUAUCAGUUGAGGAAGGUAGAUCAUGUAAUGAAAGCACCCUCAAGUUUUCUAUUUGGAAGGAAGAAGAUAAGAAGAAGGAGAACAAUGAUCAAAGUGAUCAUGGUUCUGUGAAAUGGAUGUCUUCUAAGAUGAGGUUGAUGAGGAAGAUGAUGAAGAGCUCGGAUCACGGGCAGAAAUAUGAAGAUCAGAAACCCUCAUCACCUGUUGAAACUGAUAACAGCAGCAGCUCUUCCCACAACAACAUCAAUAACACAAUUAGGGUUUGUGCUGAUUGCAACACCACCAAGACUCCUCUUUGGAGGAGUGGGCCUAGAGGUCCCAAGUCCCUUUGCAACGCUUGUGGAAUUCGACAGAGAAAAGCACGGCGAGCUAUGGCAGCGGCGGCCGCGGCGGCAGCUGUUGCAAAUGGUACAAUUGUUGCUGCUGAGCCAACACCUACGAAGGGUAAGCUACAACACAAGAGAUCAAGUAAUGGUUUCAAGAAAAAGUGCAAGCACAUGACAAGCCCCGCCAAUCAAGGCAGAAAGAAGCUUUGCUUUGAGGAAUUGAGGAUAAUCUUGAGCCAGAAAUACUCUGCUUUUCAUGGAGUUUUCCCACAAGAUGAGAAGGAAGCUGCGAUCUUACUCAUGGCUCUAUCUUAUGGCCUCGUCCAUGGCUGAAGGACACCUUAUUGCAUAUUAAUUUUUCUUAGUUUUUAGUAUAAUGUCAGCUAGCUAGCUGGCUCAAGUAGAGCGAGAUCAUAAAUGUGUGAGAAUGAGAAAUUCAAUAAAACAUAUAUAGAAGAGAAAUAGCAUGGGAUUGAUGUUUAGAGAGCUUAUUAAGGUGGAUUUGAACAGGGUUGAUAACCGAAAAAUCAUCAUGGGUCUCUUGUUCAUGUUCUUCCUUAAUUAUUAAUUAUAUAUAUGUUCUUUGAAUUUAAUUAUUAAUAUAUUUUUAAGGUUAAU